GGCUGUCGAAUCCAAAUUGUUCGUUGUAUCGAGAUCCUGACUGUUCGGUUUAUACAUCCGUCUGAAGAAGACUGCACUCAACCCUCUAAAUGACCUUCUGGGCGGAGAUUGGGGACUGGUUGAGACUCCUGGCCCUGAUGACAUUGAGCCGUACGCGGAGUCGCUUGACGAUGAUGUGGUCUCAUUCACGGUCGGUAAUGGAGAAGCUUGGGAAGACUGAGGCUGCAAAGAAUGAAGCUGUCCACUAUUCAAAAGCAGACUCGGUUUGGUUGGUACUCCUCUCGCUCUUGCCAAUGGCCUUCUCGCGCGCGAGGCAGCAGCUCGGACUUCUUCUUCAGUAUGUUGUACUCUGAUCCUUUCCGCCGAAGACUCAAGAAUGUUCCGGAUAUCAGCUGAGGUACUGUCUUGCGAAUCUAGUAACUCCCUUGGAGGAUCAUACCUCCUCCAAUCUAGGUUCUCAAAAUUAG